UUUAGUAUAAAAUGUCUUCAUUAAUUCCAUUUUUUAAUUCUUAUUUUCAUUCAAAAAGAUUCUAAUAAAUCAAAGACACAAAAAUAUACAUUGUUUUGAAUAUUAAUCAAAUUAUUUUAUUCAUAAUUAUAUUUUGUACAUAAUCUAAAUCUUAUUUUUAUAACGACACUUAAUUUAAUAAAAAUCUAAUGGAUUUUUUAAAGGACCUUGGAGAUGAUUUGGAUAUCCCUGGUUUUCCAUGGAAAAAGCUUAUUGUUUCAUUUAUUCUAGCCCAAUAUGUAUUUGAGCAAUUUUUAGUAUUACGACAAUACAAAAAGCUUAAAGAAAAAAAGCCAUCGCCAGCUUUAGAAAACAUUGUUGAUUUAGAAACAUAUAAUAAAAGUCAAGAAUAUGGUAGAGCAAAAGCAAAAUUUGGCCUUGUUACUGAAUUGUAUGAACUUGUUCAGAAAUUGCUUAUUAUAAAUUAUGACUUUCUUCCUAAGCUUUAUGAUUUUGUUCAGUUACGAGUAAAUCAGUUUUUUCCAGAAAAGUUUUCUGGAGAGAUUUUUUAUUCUUUAUUGUUUUUCUUUAUUUUAAAUUUACAAUCUCUAAUUUUUAAUCUUCCAGUUUCUAUUUAUUCUACAUUUGUUUUGGAAGAAAAAUUUGGAUUUAAUAAACAAACAUUCAGUCUUUUUGUUACGGAUUUGAUUAAGAGUCAGAUAUUAAUUGUAAUUAUUGGAGGUCCUACUCUUUUCAUAUUUCUAAAAAUUAUUGCGUACUUUGGUCAAGCAUUUUUUUUUUAUCUAUGGCUCUUCAUAUUUAUAUUUCAAAUUAUACUGAUAGUAAUCUAUCCUACAUUAAUUCAACCUUUAUUUAAUAAGCUUACUCCCUUGCCUGAAGGAGAAUUGAAAUUAAAGGUUGAAGAAUUGGCAUCUAAUUUGAAAUUUCCUCUAAAAAAACUUUAUGUAAUUGAUGGAUCAAAAAGAUCUGCACAUAGUAAUGCAUAUUUUUUUGGUUUGCCAUGGAAUAAACAUAUCGUCAUUUAUGAUACAUUAAUUGAAAAGUCGGAAACCAUUGAAAUUAUUGCAGUAUUAGCCCAUGAGUUAGGACAUUGGGCAUUGUCUCAUAUAGCGAAAAUGUUAGCAAUUACUCAAAUUCAUAUAUUUUUUAUAUUUAUGCUCUUUUCUGUUUUUAUACAAAAUACUUCUCUUUAUGAAUCAUUUGGAUUUCAUUCAGAUAAGCCAAUUUUGAUAGGGUUCGUUUUAUAUAAUGAUAUUUUAACACCUAUAAAUAGUCUUUUAACAUUUCUUAUGAAUAUUUAUAGCAGAAAAAACGAAUUUGAAGCAGAUGCAUUUGCUGCUAAACUUAAUUACACAAAAGAACUUUCACGUGCGCUUAUAAAGCUUCAUAUUCAAAAUUUAAGCACUAUGGAUGCAGACAAACUUUAUAGUAGUUAUCAUUACUCACAUCCAUUAUUAGGUGAACGUUUACAUGCUCUUGGUUAUAAGCAUGAAUCAAAAUUCGAAUGA